CGUCAUCGUGAGCGAGCCUGGGUUGCAUCAGCCUCACUAAAAACGCCGGCAGUCAUUCGUCGCGCGAAAGGACAUUACAAUCUGGUCCUUGAACACCAGCGGUGUGAACUCCGCUUAAAAGCGAGAAGGUUGUGGAGUGAAGCGGGGGAAGUGCGUCAGAGGUUCAGGCAUCUCCGCGGACACCUCCCUCCUCCCUCUUCAUUCAAGAUGGCGGGUGACGAGUCUGGCACAACGCUGGGGCAGCCUCACCUCUCCAAACAGGACCUGAGUUCGCUGGACGUGUCCACGCUGACGGCGUUGUCUCCAGAGAUCAUCAGCAGACAGGCCACCAUCAACAUCGGCACCAUCGGUCACGUGGCCCAUGGCAAGUCCACCGUGGUGAAGGCCAUCUCCGGCGUGCACACUGUCCGCUUUAAGAACGAGCUGGAGAGAAACAUCACAAUCAAACUGGGAUAUGCUAAUGCAAAGAUCUACAAGCUGGAGGACCCCAGCUGCCCGCGGCCCGAGUGCUACCGCUCGUGUGGCAGCAGCACGCCGGACGAGUUCGCCACAGACCUGCCUGGGACCAAAGGCAACUUCAAGCUGGUCCGACACGUGUCCUUCGUGGACUGCCCGGGUCACGACAUCCUGAUGGCCACCAUGCUGAACGGCGCCGCCGUCAUGGAUGCCGCCCUGCUGCUGAUCGCCGGGAACGAACCUUGCCCGCAGCCACAGACGUCAGAGCAUCUGGCGGCCAUCGAGAUCAUGAAGCUGAAGCACAUCCUCAUCCUGCAGAACAAGAUCGACCUGGUGAAGGAGAGCCAGGCCAAGGAGCAGUACGAGCAGAUCCUGGCCUUCGUGCAGGGCACGGUGGCUGAAGGAGCUCCCAUCAUCCCCAUCUCUGCUCAGCUCAAGUACAACAUCGAGGUGGUGUGUGAGUACAUCGUCAAGAAGAUCCCGGUGCCUAUCAGGGACUUCACCUCGGAGCCGCGGCUCAUCGUCAUCAGGUCGUUUGACGUCAACAAGCCGGGCUGCGAGGUGGACGACCUGAAAGGAGGCGUGGCUGGAGGAAGCAUCCUGAAGGGCGUGCUGAAGGUGGGUCAGGAGAUCGAGGUCCGGCCCGGCAUCGUGUCCAAGGACCAGGAGGGGAAGCUGAUGUGCAAGCCCAUCUUCUCCAAGAUCGUCUCGCUCUUCGCCGAACACAACGACCUGCAGUACGCUGCCCCCGGUGGACUCAUUGGUGUGGGCACCAAGAUCGACCCCACCCUCUGCAGGGCGGACCGUAUGGUGGGCCAGGUGCUGGGUGCAGUGGGGGCGCUGCCCGAGAUCUUCACGGAGCUGGAGAUCUCCUACUUCCUGCUGAGGAGGCUGCUGGGCGUCCGCACGGAGGGAGACAAGAAGGCCGCCAAGGUCCAGAAGCUGUCCAAGAACGAGGUCCUGAUGGUCAACAUCGGCUCGCUGUCCACCGGCGGCCGCGUCAGUGCCGUCAAGGCCGACCUGGCCAAGAUCGUGCUGACCAGCCCCGUGUGCACCGAGGUGGGCGAGAAGAUCGCGCUGAGCCGACGUGUGGAGAAGCACUGGCGUCUGAUUGGCUGGGGCCAGAUCAGGAGGGGCGUGACCAUCACGCCCACCGUGGACGACGACUGAGGACCCGCCACCCACCGCCCCAACACAAGCAGGAAGUGACGUCCUCCCACUGCUGCUCCUCCCCAGUGAAGGCCAGGUCACAUGACUGCCUGACGAGCAGAAGUGAGGAGACUGUCUGGACUUGAACCUUCAACCUCAGAGGUCAAACUCAAGCCUCCAAGUCGGAUGAGCCAAAUAAAAGCUGAACGGCAGCUUCGUCUGCUCUCUCUCUCUCU